UUACAAGACAGACCUGCAGCUCAAUGUGAGAUCAUGUUACAAGCUACCAAUACAUGUCUAUGAAGAGGGGGAGGGGUGGAGAGGCAGAUAGGAGGAGUGGAUGGAGAGACUGAAAGUUGCAGAGAGACAGCAAAGAGGCUAAGAGACUACACAGAAGCUACUGUAAGUAAUUGAUCUUAGCCCAGAGCUUGAUUCCCAGAUGAUACUUCAUCGGGUCAACCAUAUAGCUCUUCACAGCAUUACCCUACUGAAAUCACAUGCUCCUCUGUCUACGACGCUUGUCUGGUUCUUUGCUUUGUGACAUGUCUGUGGCUGUUCAGAAGAAAAGCUGGGAAGAUCAUAUAUCUCAAUGGAUUGGAUUGUCUUCGAACACUUCUGGUUGCGAUAAGUUGUGUUGCCAUGGAAUUCAAGUAAAACAUUUAAAAACAGCUAUGGAAGAACAUGGAAAAGAGGAUAAAAAGGAGGCACCUUCUUUAUCAGAGUGCAUUUAUUUAGAGGAUUGUAAUGGUUUGCUUGUAGAUCAAAGACAGAUCUCUAAAGAGAUGGACGAAAAUGAUAAUUUAGAUACAGAAGAUCGCUGUGCGUUUCCAGACACCAGCAUGGAAACAUUUGCAAUCUUGCCAUCUAAUGAAAUAGAACUCAAGACCAAGAAUGAUGACCUUCUACCAAACCAAGACAGAAUUGGCUCAUUGGUUAAGACCUUACUUGAACAUGAUAUGAGCAAUAAAUGUAUAGUUAGCAAUACCAGCGAUGAUGUUGAGAAAAACAAAUGUUCAGAAAAUAAAGGUGGAGAUACUAGUCAUGAAAUCAAAGAAGGCAAUGUGAAUGCUUUAAAUGGAAUGUCCUCCAGUGAAAUGCUACAAGAAAAUACAGAUUUGGAGGAAAUUGAUAUGUCUGGUGAACAGCUGCUACAUUCUGCUAGAAUUGCACAACAGAGAAGAAAAUCUGAUGGAUCAAAAGUUGUAUAUGAAAAGAAUAUUUGCAGUGCAGUGUCCACUGAUCCUUCUGACAAUUUGCAUUUUUGUGUUUCUUCUCAUCUGGAACUUAAAGGAGGAACUAAAGGCUACAAAAAAGCAUCUCCCCUAUGCAGAGAACCUGAGAGUCAUAAUUCACACAAUGAGGCAAAUAGUGAUUUGAAUGUAUCACAGUGCGGUUUACAAGUAACAAACUGUACCCAGUCUAAAGUAUCUAGCGGUGAAAUUAUUUGGGAUCAGGUUAGACUUCGUAGAAAAAAGAAAUGUAGGCAAGGCAGAGAUCCAUCAAGGCUGGAUUCUAUGGUGCUGCUUAUAAUGAAACUGGAUCAACUGGACCAAGACAUAGACAAUGCGCUUAGCUCUCCAUCUCUGUCUCGAAAACAAGUUUUUAGUCCGCAAUUUCACCAGUCCACACAAGUUACAAGAUUUGGUUCUGAAAAUGCACAAGAUAUAUCUCCGCUGUGUCUUCCUCCUAAUAUCUCUCAGGUUCAGACUGUAGACUAUGCAACAUCAGCGCAGGUACUCGCCUGUGGAGCAAAACCAAAGACUUCAGCCCUGCCUGUGAUUUCAGAAAGAGAAAAGGCUGUCAGGACAAGACAAGUGAUGGAACAAAGGGCAAUGGGUCAUGUACGGUAAGGCCUUUUUCCAUAAGGAAAGAAUACUGCUGAGAAUAGAUGAAAAGGAAAGUGACCGCACAAGCAGGUGAAAGCUAAAAGGUUAUGAAGAUUAUCGCUAGACAUGUGAGAUUGAGUAGAAAUGUGGGA